AUGGCGGAUCAGAACGACGAUAUACUCGAUGGAAUACAUCCUCGAAUGAAUAUUUUACAAGCAGAAAAAAUCGGUUUUACAGAUAUUGAUGAAUAUUACAUGGGAAAUGUUCGACGUGGCACGGCAGUUAUUAUUAACAAUCGAGAUUUUCAUCCUAGUACAGGUUUGAAUACUCGUGAUGGGACAAAUAUGGAUGCUAGUCGAUUGGAUAUGACACUUUCUGGACUUGGUUUCGAUACGAAAGUCUAUCAUAAUCGAACAGCGUUACAAAUUUUAACCAUUGUUGAACAAGAAGCGAAAGCGGAUCAUUCCCAAUGUGAUGGUUUCAUGUUUGUUUUGUUAUCGCACGGAGACGAACGAGAUAUUGUGUAUGGUUUUGACCAACCACUGAAUAUCAGCGCAUUGACUGAACCAUUCAAACGAUCAGCGAAUUCGUUACUUGGCAAGCCGAAGAUUUUCAUUUUUCAAGCAUGUCGUGGUCAAAAAGUCAUGACAUCUCAUCAAAAACUACCUCGAAAAGAUAAUCAUGAAAUGAUUGGUAUCACAUCACAUAUUCCUUCGGAAGCAGAUUUUCUCAUGGUAUAUUCGACCAUACCUGGUUAUUAUGCUUGGCGCAACUCCGCCAAAGGUUCAUGGUUUAUUCAAGCUUUAUGCGAUAUGUUACAUAAACAUAGUCACGAAUGGGAUUUGUUAAGAAUUUUAACAAAAGUCAAUCGUCGUGUGGCAAUGGAUUAUCAUUCGAAUUGUUCUGAUCCUUAUAUGAACCAACGUCAACAAAUUCCCGUAUUCGUUUCGACCUUAACUAAAGAUCUUAAACUAUCUUCUAAAUCCAAAUAA